AUGAGCUUUGGCUUCGGUCUUGGUGAUUUCUUGGCGGUCUUGCAGCUAGCAAAUGACUUGCGAGGCCGCUUUGCGCAAGCACCGAGGGAGUACAAAGCCAUUACGGAAGAGGUCGAGUCCCUUAUUCUGGUACUCAACCGCAUCACCGACCUCGAUGAAGAGGAAGUUGACGAACAAAGGGAUGAUGUGAACCAAGUCAUCCGGAGCUGUGACAACGUUCUUCGGGAUCUUGACUCGAGGCUACGAAAGUUUCACAUUCUCGCAAAGGACUCAUCUCCCGAGUGGACGGGCAGGGUGCGGCAGGCCUGGAAAAGGAUCCGAUGGGACCAAGCAGAGAUAGACAAUUUUCGAUCUCGAAUCGUCGCGAAUAUUUCUCUGCUCAAUCUCAUAGUAGGCAAGGCCAACCAGCAUGGAAUUCAAUCUCUCAAUGACAGACAGGACGAUCAUGAGCGCGACAAGAUCCUGGGUUGGCUGAGUCCAGUGAGCCCCUCGUUACGUCAAAGCGAAGUAUUCAAUUCUCAUCAAAAGGGGACAGGGAUAUGGCUGCUGGAAACAGAGGACUUCCAGCAAUGGAUCCGCGGUGAAAAGCAGGUUCUCUUCUGUCCGGGGAUCCCAGGCUCUGGAAAGACAGUCCUUUCAUCAAUCAUCAUUGAUCAUCUAGAGCAAAGGUUUCCCAAUCCAGAUGGCGUCGUAAUCGCAUAUCUCUUUUGUGAUUAUCGGCAGCAACAUACCCUUUUUGAGCUCUACUCGGCUCUUCUGCGACAAGCUGUGCAACGAAAAACCUCGAUCCCGGAGAGUGUCAAAUCAUUUUACCAAAAAUACUCUACACAAUCAACCAGACCAUCGGAGGAUGAGAUAAUCGGUCAAUUGCGAUCUGUCCUUGCUUCGUGCGCCAGAGCCUUUGUGGUAAUCGAUGCACUAGAUGAAUGUCCAAUUGCGGAUGGUAACCACACCAUUCGUAAUUCCUUUCUUCGUCAGCUUGUUCGGUUGCAGAAGGAAGAGGGCUUUCAUCUUCUUGCCACAUCCCGACCAGACCAGGAGAUUGCAGCCCACUUUGAGGGAUCUGCUUCGGUGGAGAUACGGGCGAGCAGUGAGGACAUUCAGUACUAUGUUGACGUACGUCUGAAUGACCUUCCGUCUUUUGUUCGCAAAAGAGAGAAAUUGAAACAGGCGAUCAAGGACAGUAUUACUAAGGCCGCCAAAGAGAUGUACGAAUUUAUCUGCUGUUCCAGUGACGUGGUCCUAAUCUGUCUUAGGUUUCUUCUUGCUCGGCUUUAUUUUAAUCUUCUCCUAGACGAGUCGAACGAAAAGGGGAUCCGAAGAAUGCUAGAAGAGUUUCGCACUGCCUCUGAGUCCAACGCUUCAGAUCAUGCCUAUAAUGAAACUGUGAGCAGAAUCGAGCGUCAAGGGGCAAAUGCGUUUGGCCUUGCAAAGAAAACCAUCGGAUGGAUCGUAAACGCGAAAAGAGCUCUGACAAUUGCCGAGCUUGAACACGCACUGGCGAUUGAGUUUGAAACUACCGAAUUCGAUGAGACCAAUAUCACCGACGCCGAGCAAUUGACUUCGUAUUGCUGUGGUUUGGUUCUUGUCGAUGAACAAACGACCGAAGUGAAAUUCGUCCACUACACCACCCAGAAGUACUUUGAACGCACCUUGAAGACUUGGUUUCCCGAAAUUUUUAGCCAUAUUACGGACAGCUGUUUGACCUACCUGUGCUACGACGUAUUUGAGGAAGAUCGAUUUGAGGCCAAAGAAGAGGUUGAAAACAUCCCUGCCGAAUACCCGUUUUACACUUACGCCUCUCUUAAUUGGGGACAUCAUUUCCGAGAGGCGCCUGGAAACCGGUCGAUACUCUUGAAUUUCCUUCAGACCGAGACCAAAUUGAUUGGAUAUGACCGCUGCGGGUUUGAGCCUCUGGAUUGGAGGCCCGAUCCCAAAACGAGUAACAUAAAGGCAGAACACAUUGCUGCCUAUUUUAACCUGCAGCUUCUGAUGCAAAAGCUUCUUGAGACUAAUCCAACCAACGUGAACAUCCAAGAUUCGAGGAAACAGACGCCCUUGUUCGUGGCCACAUGUCAUGGGCAUGAAUCAAUGGUAAAGUUGCUCCUGAAUAUGGGCGCCACAGUUGAUCUCCCAGACACUGAUGGCCUAUCACCAUUGCAUGUGGCCGCGCGUAAAGGUUAUGUGAGAAUAGCCCAGAUACUCCUGGAUGAGGGCGCCGACAUUGAAAUGAGGUAUUCAGGAUAUCAGACUCCAUUAUGCAUCGCCGCGAGCAACGGCCAUGAGUCCGUGACCACGCUGCUCCUAGAUAGAGGCGCCAACUACAAUCCCAGAGACGGUGACAGGAGUGCAUUGCAUGAGGCUUCAACAAGCGGUCAUGUGACUAUCAUCAGGGAGCUGUUGAGCAGAGGUGCCGACAUCGAAAGCAAGACUGGGGUUGGCGAUGUUCCGUUACACGAUGCAGCGUUAAACGGCCACUUGGAGGUCGUCAAACUGUUCUUGGAAAAAGGUGUAAGCCCCGACAUAGCCAAUAACGAAGGCGAAACGCCGCUACUCAGGAUUACGGAAUACUUCUCCUACGAAUUGGUCAACCAGGAAACACACAAUGCCACAUUCGAGCUUCUCCUGAGCAAGGGUGCUAACACUGAACCCAAGACCAAGCAUGGGGAAACUGUAUUGCACCGAACUGCACAACAAGGCUGGGAGGUACCAGUCAAGCUUCUGGUAGACUAUGGGGCCAAGAUUGAAGCCAGAAACAACGACAACAUGACCCCAUUACGGUUGGCUGCAGAGAGAAAUAGGGUGGAAAUUGUCAGGCUGCUCCUAGACAGGGGGGCCCGUGCUGAUACUAUGAGUCGGAGCAGACAGACACCAUUGCACAUCGCAGCGAGAGACGGCAACAAGACCAUCGCUAUGAUGAUCUUAGACAAGGCUGCCAAACUUGACGUCUUUGAUUUAAUGGGCCACACUCCAUUGUUUAUGUCUACCUGGAGAGGGCAUGAGACUGUGUCAAGGCUUCUCUUAAACAAAGGUGCCAAUCCUAGCCCUCCAGGCUCGGGACCGCAACAGUUACCCUCGGCGAUCGUCGAGGGUGGCCAUCAAGUAGCCGUCAGGACUCUGUUUGAAGAGGACAGCAAUCCGGAUGAAUUCAAUGUUUAUCGUCGAACUGCUUUGCACAUGGCGAGUGCCAGUGGGAACACUUCCAUAGCAAGACUUCUGCUUUCAGCUGGAGCAGAACCAGGUACCACGGAUCGGUAUGGCAGAACACCACUGUUUUAUGCUGUCUGUGGAGGUCAUUUAGACAUGGUUCAACUGCUACUCGACUUGCCAAAGAUUGACAGAUGCCGUCCCGACAUCUGGGGACUGACCCCUGCGGUCGAGGCCGAGAAGAGGGAGCUACACAAGAUCAAGCGGCUCCUUGAUAGCAAAGCUCCAAAGCUGAAUCCAGGUGGGGAAUCCAGUGCGGAAUCAAGCGUGGACUCCCCGUCCCUAGAACCGAAAAGUCAUCGAUUCUGUGAUGUUUGCCUAGGACGCCUUUCAGACGAAGAAACGUACUAUUCGUGUGAAUAUUUCAAUAUAUGCAGAUUCUGCCCGCCUGUGCAGACUAACAGCUGUCCGGUGUGUGGCAAUCAGCUGGUGAAAAGGACCAACACGCCUCCCACCCCCACGCUUGCGGAGAUAUGCGUGUGCAUGUAA